AACCGAUAAUAAUGCAAUUACGAUGCAAUUUUGUUUCUUUUUCCUGUGAUGAAAUUGAGCGGAAAUAAAUCGAGUAUCGAGUGAAAAUAUCGAUAAUUGUAUCGAAAAGUGCAUUGUGGUUUGAAACGUAUUUAGAGACCGCCAAGUUCAGCAAAUUGUUGAGAAUACACGUGAAGAAGACAUGGUUGGAUCUACAGUAUCCGUAAAAAUAAUGAUAUUUGCGGUAUUUUUUAUUCUAUUUUACGUGGCAGCAAAUGCCUCAGUUCACAGGUUAAACGUUCCCAGAGUUUUAUUACCUGUAUUCAAUGAUUUUGCAGUAAAUUUUACAUUAGAAGUUACUGAUGGUGCUUGUUAUCAAUGGUCAACGUCACGUUUAGAUAUUAUUCAAUUAAUUCCUAUAAAUGAAAAUGUUGAAAGAACUUGUUCUUCUGCUAUUUUGAUUCAAACAAUAACCAGGGAAUCUACUAGAAAUACAGCAAUAGUGUUAGCAGAAGAUGUUAAUACUGGACAAUUUUUACGGUGCGAUGUUAUCGUUGAUGCAAUAUUUUCAUUAAAUCUUGUUACAACUACGAGGGAGUUAUACAUAGAAGAAGCACCAGAAGCAUUUGAAGUACGAGCAUAUGAUGAACAAGGAAACGAAUUCACAACUCUUGCUGGAGUAGAAUUUCUCUGGAACAUAGAAAUUGCUGACAAGCACAGAACAGAUACUAAAAUACCAAACGAUGUUUUAAGAUUUAUAACUUACGAAGAGUCACAAUAUGAAACUCCACAAACAAUUGCUGCUUUAGAUGCACUUGGCAAAAAAGGACAUAUCGUGUUAUUAGAAGGAAGAAAAACUGGUACAGCAAAGGUUUCUGUAAAAUUACCUUAUCCAGAAUACAAACAUGUACCACCAAUAGAAGUUGAAUUAAUUGUAAUAGCUAACUUAAUUAUCAUUCCAUCAGACAUAACAAUAAUGUUACAUGAUAGUUUUAAAUAUAAAAUAAUGCAAGCUCGUCAAGGUCGUUUAGAAGAAAUAAGUUUACCAUCUAGCCAGUACUAUUUAGAAGCAGAAAAUCCAAACAUUUUAGAAAUUGAUAACGAUCACGAUUGCGCAUAUGCUAUAUCUUUCGGUCGUACUAAAGUAUUUUUGCAUGAUAAAAAUGUUCGCGAUGAAUAUCCUGUUAUUUUACCGUCUGCUUCGGUUAACGUGAAUGAUGUAUCUCACAUAAAUCUUGCCGUUUUGCCUAAUAGAAAUUGGGGUUUGAUACUUGGUCAUACCCAUGAAAUUAUAGUUGAAUUAUAUGAUAGUAAAGAUCAUAAAUUUUACAUUGGUGAAGGUGUUGAAGUAAUAGUAAAAUUAGACGAAAAUUAUUUUGAACCAAAAUUAAUAACACAAAAUGGUACUUACAUCGCUGGUGUGCCCAUUGCAUGUGGGACAAUGACUGUUGAGGCCACUCUUCAGGGUAUAAUUGAUAAAAAUGGUAAAAAGAUUUCUUUUGAAUCACACCCUACUACAAGGACUGAACUUUUGAUUCAUACUCCAGUUACAAUUCAACCUAAAGUAUUAGCUGUUCCAUGGGAUUUUAAAUCUAAAUCACGGUAUGAUAUAGUGUUGAAAGCAAGUGGAGGAGAUGGAUCAUAUGUGUGGUCAAGCAGACAUCCGUCCAUAGCAACAGUUUCCCAAAAUGGAGGAGUACGAAUUUUGGCAGCAGGUACAACAGAAAUAAGCGUUGCAAUGACGAGAAAUCAGUAUAAUAAGGAUACUACAAGGGUAUAUGUGUUACCACCUUCGAAGUUAAAAGUCAUAGAAUAUAGUAUGGAAGCAGCUGUAGGAGAGCCAAUUUAUCUCCACAUUGCAUUAUAUGGGAAAUUAGUUAACGAAACCGAUUCUAAAGAAAUUCCUUUUAACGAUUGUAGAGAUACUAGUUUUGAAACGUACAUUCCAGAUGGUAAUUUUAAACAGAACGAUAGUAUGAUCAUAGAACCUGUUGGAAUUGCAUGUGCUGUUGUAGCAGUUUCUAGUAUAGAUGUUGGAACAUCUGAAGUAACUGUAGUCUAUAACGCUAAUGGUCACUAUUUAACUGAUAACGUCACUGUAUCCGCCUAUGAACCAUUAAUAGCAGUACACCCCAGUAGUAAGGAAAGUUUAUUGGCAGUUGGAUCUUCGAGAAGAAUAGUGUUUAAAGGUGGACCUCCUCCACGAAAUAGCAAACCUCACAGUUAUUCACGAAGUAUUGAAGUAUCUGAAAAAAAAAUUGCCGAAGUGAUAGAACAUGAAAAUUCACCAACAGCAUUGUAUGAUUUAUCUGUUUUUGAAGUAAUGUGUAAAGCACUCGGCGAAGUAACUUUAAGAUACACAAUUUCGAAUAUUCCUUUGUUGCCAAAUUGUAAAAGUACACAUGCAACUGAAACAGUGCGAAUUAUUUGUGGUAAACCCAGACAUAUUUUCUUACAACCCGAAUUUGAAGAUAGCAAAAACUGCCCUAUUAGCUUUAAUACAGAAAGGGUAAUGGCACACAGCGAUAAACACUUAAAACUUAUCGCUAUAAUAAAAGAUGAAAAGGGUAGAAUUUUUGAUAACAUUACAAGUUUACAUAUAGAAUGGGAUUUAAAGCCGUCGACUGUAGGCUUCAUAGAAAUGCCUUCUGGUUCUAUAGAAGAAACAUUUAUAGAUAUGAACGUAGUUUUACCAAAGUAUUAUUAUCAAAAUAUCAUUUUCAAGAAACAUUUUGGUACUCUCAGUUUAACAGCUACAGUUACAGGUUAUCAGAAAUAUAUACUGAGUAAAUUGAAGAUAAUACCUGAAUGGCCACCCUUCGCAAUCGAAAGUGAAAGAAGAAUCUAUGAAACUCCACUUAUUGAAACUUUCAUAGAAAUAGUUUUAGUCAAUGAUACGAGUAUUCAUCCUAACAAAUUAAUGAUAUUAAACGAUCCUACUGUAAAAUAUUAUUUGCAAGUGAGUCAAGGUUCUGGCUAUUACGAAUUUGUACUAAAUGCUGAUGAUAUUGCAGAUGUCCGAUAUAUAGAGUCAACAAAAGCAAUUAGCCUUAUUCCAAAAAAAUCUGGAAUACUAAAUUUAGCUUUAGUUGAUCUUUGCUUACCUUCAAAACCAGCUGAAGCUGUGAUUGAAGUACAACAACUUGCUGUUAUUGAAAUUGAAACGGUCAACAAGAUUGAGAAGGGAAAAUGUAUAGUAGCUGCAUUAAAACUUUAUGAUACAAAUGGGCAUAUUAUAAAAUUACCAUCCUUGAAUGCGUUAGAAUUUAAAGCAGAAAUCGACAAUGAAUGUAUAGAAGUUAAACAAUUGCCUGCUAACGAACAUGGUAAUCCUCCUUAUGGUCAAUUAUUGUACAUGAUCCAUGGAAUAGGAGAAGGAGAGUCUCAGUUAACUUUCGUUAACAAAGGAGGCGAGCAAGAAAUACAAAGUGAAUCAGUGACCAUUCAAGUCUUCCUUCCAUUAAGAGUUUUCCCAAAGAACUUAACUAUAUUAGUAGGAACCGUUUAUCAAGUACAAACGACAGGUGGUCCGUCGAAUGCAGAAAUUGAAUUCUCUACCAAAGACACCGAUGUUUUGGACGUUGACUAUAAUGGUAUAUUUGAAGGAAAGUCAGUUGGACAGACGAAAGUAAUUGUUAGAGCUAUUGGCCUUAAUGCCAGAGGAAACAAAGUCAUUUAUUCCGAGGACUAUGCAGAUAUACAUGUACUCUAUCUUGAAGGAGUUAAAAUUGCUGUUCCAACAAGCAGAGUAAAAGUUGGUGCAACAUUUCCACUUUGGGCAUUUGGUAUACCAGAACAUUUGACACCACUCGUCAUAGGAUCUAUGCACUUACCCUUGAUAUUUAUGUGGUCAUCCAGUGAUUCUAAUUUAAUAACUUUGCAUAAUAUGUAUGAAGGUACCGGUAUCAAUAUAAGAUAUCAAAAUGAAGUGUCUUUAAGAGCCAAAGCUGUUGGUGCUGGAUUAGCAACCAUUUACUUAAACGUUACAAUGCCAUGUAAUAUGUUAACUGGUUUCAAAAAUGAUGUAACAUACAGUACAUUUGUGAAGGUUGAAAUUUUUGAAGAGUUGCGUUUAACACAUCUUGGCUUACCCUUUAAUACACCAAUGAUACUAAUGUCUCCAAAUUCCUUUUUGAAAUUACAAACGAAUCGCGACAAACAUGGUUCAACUACUUACAAAGUAUUGUCUACUACUCAUGGAAACGAAUCAGAGGAUUUAUAUGCUUUAACUCCAGCAUCUAAAACUGUUAGUAUUGAUAAAAAUGGCAUUAUAAAAGCUGGUGAGAAUCUUGGAAAAAUAGUCAUUUCUAUCACGAACACGGAAGCAUAUAAUUUAAAGCAAUCAAUAACUGUUAUUGUUGAAGUUAAACCCAUUCACUACAUGAUGCUGUCUUUAAAGUCAGCUUUACGAAUUCGAAAUGGAGAAGAAUUGAACAUGCUACCCAAGGGCAUGGAAUUAGAUUAUAUUCUUGAAUAUUACGAUAAUGUUGGGAACAAGUUUCAUGCAGCUGAAGUUGAUGCAAAAACUAUAUUGAAUCGUGCUGAUCUUGCAUCUUUUAUAACAAGUUCUAAAAAUAUAGUUACUGCAAAAUUUAUCGAAAAUGGGGAUCUAGUUGUAAAAGCAUACAAUGAAAGGUAUCCCAAUGCAAUGUUUGAUUAUGUACAUAUGAUGAUUGGUGAUAUAGUUUUCCCAACAAAGACAACACUAACCGUGGGCGAUGUAGUAUGUUUUUCGAUGCCACUUCUAUCUCCUGAUGGUGAUCCCGGUUACUGGCAGUCUUCGGCUCCUGAAAUAUUAACUGUGGAUCCUAUUACAGGAAUAGGGAGAGCAAAAAAUGUAGGCUAUGCGGUAGUAAAACAUAGUCUUGCGACUCAUAUGCAAGGUGAAAUUGAAGUUAAUAUUCAACCCAUUGCAAAGAUAUCAAUUGUUCCAUUAAGAGGUAGAAAUAUUACCGGAACUGAAACAUUCAGCGUUCCUCUAGUACUUAAAAGUAAAGAUGAACAAGUUAAAGAAAAUAACAUAUUAUCCAGAGGAUUAGGUGGUUGUAGAACAUUCACUUCAUUCGCUUUAAAUUCAUUUCCAUAUACAUGUAAUGUACAAUUUGUUUCAUCUACUUCAUCCAUUGGAGUGAAAGAUUUAUUUUUGGUUAAACCACGGUUUGAUAUUACAACUGGUUUCUAUUAUUGUGAUGUAAUACCGAUGGAUUCUCCAAAUAUAAUUUCCAGUACGGUAGAGAGCCGCGUUCAAAUAAAUGCUCAAAGUAGAGAUAUUGAAGCUAUACCUUUAGAAGUCACUUAUCUUCCACCUGUUUACGUUGAAGCUAAAGAAAUUGUAUUUAUUAACACUCAUACUCAAACUAUACCAACAGCAACGCUCGAGAUAUAUGGCUUACAAUCUGUAUUAGACCAUCUUACCAUCGAUGUUCCAGAUGGAAUAGCUAUAAGCGCGCGACAAUACAUUUCAAAAUCUACAAUGCAAUAUAAGUUACGAUUAAUGCACAAUCAGGAUGAAAUUCAAGGCCAAAAAGUUAUCAUUAUAAAUGAUAUUACGAAACAAAAUAUAUCUCUCUUUGUACGUGUAACGAAAUAUGAAAAUUUCAUACCGUUAUCUGGAAUUCAUUGGGUAGAUUACAUGUAUUUCCAUCGUUAUACGUUUGGAACACUUGCUGUAAUUGUGAUUACUUGUUUCUAUAUAUGGAAAAAUAAGAUGGCAAAUAUUGACUUGAAUAUAAAAAAUAGAUCAGUGUUCGUUGAUAAAUGUCCACCACAAUUGAAAAAGACUAGUACGCCAUGUUCGACAACAUUUAAUAGUACAAAUGUGUCUGCUCCACGAACUCCAAUUACGCCAAUAAGACCAUUUUCUGCAUUCGAGCCUGUUUAUGGCGAUCCUCGGGGUCUUUACUCAACAAGUAAACGAAACCGAUCAAUGAAUACCUAAUAUUAAUGUAGUGACAUAGUAAUGACUUCAUUGUAAAGAUACAUCGUAUUUAUAGUGAAACUAUAACGUAUUAACUAGACUCGUUUGUGAACAAAUAUUCGAUUAUCAGAAAUUGGUGCCUUAUUGCCAUAAACUCAUGUUUAUUAGGGAAUUAAUUAUUUUGUGUGAAAUAGGAUUUUUAUGAUUUUUUUGUAGCGAUAAUAUCAUUAUAUUAAUAUUACUUAAUAGAUACAUAAGAUAUUGUACAUUUUGUAAUAUAAAAUUUAAGUUAUAUAAUUUUAUAUAUUGGUAGAAAAACAUAGUAAUUUGAUGCAAGUAUAUUUCAAGUACACAUUGGCCACAUUUACUUUGCACGUUUGAGGUAUAUGGUUCCUAGUCAUGUAACUGAUAUACAAGAGUGACAUUUAGUUAUUUGAUAUGUAUGAUCUCGAGUGACAAUGCAAACGUAAUUAGCAAUAAUUUAAUUACAUUUUUUAUUCAUUUAUGUCACUUGUCUGGUAAAAUGUUUUGCAAUUUCAUUAUACAA